UAGGCAACCCUACUGCUGACGCCGUAAUCGAAGGCCUGAAAAUUUGUUUACCUCAAAAGAAAUGCUCAUAAAACAUAUAAUAAUCACAUUUUUAACUAUUUUUAUAAGAAAAGGAUAUGCAGAGGAUGAAGGACUAUGCAGUGCCGAGCAAAAAACCUGCGAACAAGGUCAACCUGAGAUAAAUAACCAUGAUGAAUUUAGCUUCAAGAUACUUAAACAAAUCGAAAAAGCUAAUGCCGACUUUAAGCCGUGCAGCAGUGAUCCAAAGGACUCCGAUUGCUCCUGCCACGCAAAUGUUUUGAAGCAGGAUAUGGCUCCCUACAAGUCAACAGGUGUCACCCGUCAAAUGAUCGAAAGUUCGGCGAGAUAUGGCACGAAAUACAAGAUUUACGAACAUCGUUUAUACCGGGAUGCCAACUGCAUGUUCCCAGCUCGUUGUCAGGGCAUUGAACACUUCCUCCUGCCUCUGGUGGCGACGCUACCCAACAUGGACUUGAUAAUAAACACCAGGGAUUAUCCGCAACUAAAUGCCGCCUGGGGAAACACAGCAGGCGGACCUGUGUUCUCAUUCUCCAAAACAAUGGAUUACCGCGACAUAAUGUAUCCUGCUUGGACAUUCUGGGCCGGAGGACCAGCCACCAAGCUACAUCCUCGUGGCAUCGGACGCUGGGAUCAGAUGCGCGAAAAGCUAGAAAAACGUGCGGCAGCUAUUCCCUGGUCGCAAAAGCGGAAUCUAGGAUUCUUUCGGGGAUCUCGCACCUCUGACGAACGGGACUCUUUGAUCCUGCUUUCUCGCCGCAAUCCCGAGUUGGUAGAGGCUCAAUACACCAAGAACCAAGGCUGGAAAUCGCCAAAAGACACCCUAGAUGCACCGGCUGCCGAUGAGGUUUCCUUCGAGGAUCACUGCAAGUACAAGUACUUGUUUAAUUUCCGCGGAGUGGCUGCUAGUUUUCGACUGAAGCACUUGUUCCUUUGCAAAUCACUGAUCUUCCAUGUGGGUGACGAGUGGCAGGAGUUCUUCUACAACCAGUUAAAGCCCUGGGUGCAUUAUGUGCCCCUAAAGAGUUAUCCCAGCCAGCAGGAAUAUGAGGAAAUCUUGUCUUUCUUUAAGCGAAACGAUGUCUUGGCUCAGGAAAUCGCACAGCGGGGAUACGAGUUCAUUUGGCAACACCUGCGCAUGAAAGACAUUAAGUGCUAUUGGCGAAAGCUACUAAAAAGCUAUGUCAAACUGCUGAAAUACGAGGUGAAACCAGAAGAUCAUCUAAUUCAUAUUGGUCAUAAAAAAGAUGAGCUGUAAAUUUAGGUAAAAUUAGGUUACUUCAGAAUCUCGUUAAGUUGUCCACAUUCCAUUUUUUCAAGUUCGUAGUUACUGAAACAUUUGAAUAUUUUUUAUAAAAUCAAAAGCCAUUUAUUUGCAAUACUCAGAAAUAUUUAAAAACAUAUUUUUAGUGUUUAAAAUUAAAAUUGUGACCCCGCCAAGAAGAU